AUGGCUCCAUUUUAUCAACGUCCCGAAAAUGCUCUGAAAAGAGCCGAAGAAUUAAUUACAGUUGGUCAAAAUGCUGCCGCCCUGACAUCUCUCCAUGAGGUAAUUUCAAAACGCCGUGGCACACCGCUUACAGCAUUAGAGCCAAUUAUGCUUCGAUUUGUGGAAUUGUGUGUCAAUCUGAGGAAAGGUAAGACGGCAAAAGAAGGCUUGCACCAAUACAAAAAUAUUUCACAAAACACUAGCGUUGCAACUAUUGAGCUCGUUAUAGAGAAAUUUAUUGAACUCUCCGAGGAAAAGGUAGCAGCUGCCCAAGCAAAGGCAGAUCAAAUUACUUUGGAUGCAAUUGAUGAUCUCGAGGCAUCCGAAACUCCAGAGUCAAUAAUGUUGAGCACCGUAAGCGGUGAACAGAGUAAAGAUAGAACUGAUAGAGCCGUAGUAACACCUUGGCUCAAGUUUUUGUGGGAAGCUUAUAGAACGGUUUUGGAUAUUUUAAGGAAUAAUGCUCGUUUGGAAAUUUUGUAUCAACAAACUGCCCAUCAAGCAUUUCAGUUCUGUCUCAAGUAUACUCGAAAAACAGAAUUUAGACGCCUUUGCGAUCUUCUUCGUAAUCAUCUUCAAAACAUAACAAAAUAUGCCCAUCAGCAAUAUUCUAUAAAUCUGAAUGAGCCAGAAACUCUUCAGAGACAUUUGGAUACUCGAUUCUAUCAACUCAACGCCGCGGUUGAACUAGAGCUAUGGCAAGAAGCAUUCAGAUCAGUUGAAGAUAUUCAUAAUUUGUUAUCGAUGUCUAAGAGACCUCCAAAACCUGUAAUGAUGGCAAAUUAUUAUGAUAAAUUGACAAAGAUUUUUUUGGUCAGCGAAAAUUACUUGUUCCAUGCUUGUGCCUGGAAUCGUUAUUAUACAUUGGUAAAGGCCCAAAAUAAAUCCUUAACCGAUGAGGAAAACACGAGGAUGGCUUCAUUUGUGUUAUUAUCUGCUCUCGCCAUUCCCGUUAUUGCUGGUUCCAAGACUCGCAUGCUUGAAAUUGAUGAUAAUAAAAACAAACAACAUCGACUUUCCUCGUUACUGGGUAUAGGCCACUCACCUACUAGGUCUGGUUUGUUAAAGGAAGCGCUCAACAAAAAUAUUUUGCGUAGAGUUCGUCCAGAAUUGAGGGACCUCUACAAUAUUUUAGAAGUUCAGUUUCAUCCGUUGUCGAUUUGCAAGAAGAUAGAACCCAUUAUGAAUCAUCUCGCCCAAGAUCCUGAAAUGGCUAAAUAUGUGAAGCCUCUGCACCAAGUUAUUCUAACACGUCUAUUCCAGCAAUUAUCGCAAGUUUAUGAUAGUGUUAAACUUGAUUUUGUCAUCAAUCUUGCUUCAUUUGCACCUCCAUAUAAUUAUGAUGCGGCAACUAUUGAAAAAUUUAUUAUGAAUGGGUGUAAGAAGGGUGAACUUUCAAUUCGCAUUGAUCAUUCUACAAGUAGUUUGACAUUUGAGACAGAUCUGUUUGCAGCAUCUAAAAAUGCGGAUGCUGACGGUGCGAAACUGCAAGCAUCGCCUGCAGAACGGAUGCGGGAUCAACUCUCACGGCUCGCAAAAUGUUUUUAUACUACCGUUCACAUGAUAGACCCUACUAUCAUUGAGUCCAAGAAAAAUGCAAAGAAACAGGCUCUUUCGCGUGCCUUAGCUGGUAUGGAAGAAGAACAUAAUAACGCUCUAGCUCGUAAAGCAAUUAUUGAGAGAAGGAGAGAACUGGUAGAAACUUUGUUGAUGCGCAGGGAAAAAGAAAAAAUGCGGCAAAAUGCUAUCCGUAAAAUGCAAAAGGAUGAAGAAUUAAAACAGAAACAACUAGAAGCAGCCAGAAUACGUGAAAAAGAAAAAAGAAAACGUGAACUCGAAGCUAUUCAAAAAGAUGAAGCACGCAAAUUUGCAGAGUCUCUUAAAGCAAAAAAUUUUAAAGUUCAAUUGGAGGAUUUGGAAAACUUGGAUACUGACAGACUUGUUCAACUUCAAGUUGAACAGCUUGAGAAGGAAAAGCGUGAACUCAACGAACGUCUUAGAGCUAUCUCUAAACGUAUGGAUCAUCUUGAACGUGCCUAUCGCAAGGAAGAAAUUCCGCUUCUUGAAAAAGAUUAUGAACGUCAAAGGAAGGCCGACAAAGCUUACCAUGAAGCGGCACGUAAAUUACAGCUGGAGACUGCGGCCGCUAAGCAUGCAGAGGAUCUUAAAUUGAAAGAAAGACUAAAAAGGAUUCUACCUGAUUAUCUCAAAUAUCGAUCGGAGAUUGAAAACAAACGUUCUGAAGAAUUCGAAGACCGUCGAAGAGCUGCACAAGCUAAAAUUGAAGAAGAAAAAGAGAAAAGGCGGCAACUUUACAGAGCAAAAAAGGAAGAAGAAAGAAAGAGAAAAGAAGCAGAGGAAGAUGCUCGACUAAGAGCCGAAGAUGAAGAAAAGAGGCGAAAAGAAGCAGAAGAGGAAGCUCAACGAAGAGCUGAGGAAGAAGAAAGGCUGACCCGACGCGCUGAAGAAGAAAGUCGUGCAGCUGAGAAAUUGGAAUAUGAAGCGAGGAAACGUAAACUUGACGAGCAAGCUGCCCGACAGCGUGAGGCAGAAAGGUCUGCUGAAGAAAGACGGUUGGCACGCGAACGUGAAACUGAGCAAAAAAGAGCACAAGAACGAGAAGAACAGGAACGACUUCGUCGCCGUCGUGAAUCAGAAAAGUCUUCAAGUACUAUGUCUACUAGUACUGGAUAUGUUCCUCCACAUCUUCGUCGUUCACAAGAAGAAGGUGGUCUUCGGCGUCAAUCAACGGAUACCUCAAAUAAAGAGGAAUUAUCUUGGCGUAGAGGUGGGCGAGGGACCGGACUUGGUCGUGCAAAUGCAUCGGAAGAUACUCAACGUCGCCCUGCACAGACCCGUCGUGAUACUGAUGAUUUGUGGCGUCGACCUUCCGCCAGCCGUAGUAACACUACCGAGGAAACUGAUAAACGUCGUCCUGAAACAAUACGUCGUACAACGAAUGAAGAAGGGGAGCGACGUCGUGGUUCUAACACCCUAGUACGAGAAGAAUCACUUAAAGGAGACCGUGAACCAGAAUGGAGACGCAGUGGGAAAUCAUCAAAAGAUAAUGAAGAUCAUGAGCAACCUUCCUCAGUGUCGUCCAGAGGCCCUACACGUAUAGUAAAAUCAGAUAAUGUAUGGAAACCUCGUGUAAGGCAGAAUCUUGAUUCUUCCAUUGCAGAAGGAACUAACUCUGGACGGGAAAGUUUGAUUGCGACAUUACAAGGUCAAACACAAGAAAUGGAGGAGGAUUCAUUUGUUGCAGAACCGGAACAAGAAGUAGAGUCAAGUGAGCAAUUGGUGACAUCUGAUUCAAAUAAACAACCUCCAACCGAAGUAAGUGAUGAUGGGUUCACUGUGGUCAAGAGCAGGCGUCGAAAAAAUUAA